CUAAAGUAAGUGGCUGUUUCUAGUUCUGUGUGCGCCACAGCCACUUUUUCUUCAUCGUAGUCAGUCGUUCAUAUAUAUUUUUUUUUGUGUCUUUGGGGCUAUUUCGUGGUGUUGGUGUUUGCUGCGUUUGCGGGAAUUAUGCUCGUCUAGCUGCGUCGGCGAGUCGAACAUUCAGUCCGCUCCAGUCGAUCCAUAGUGUUAGAUCGCUUUAGGAAGCCCGUCGUACCCGCACAACGCGUCAGGGUUGAUGGGGUUUGGCAAAGGCAAAAAAGUCGCCUUUUGUUAAUUUCGAAUAUAGUUUGCGUUCGUUAUGCAGUUUAAAGAACAAAAAGAAAAAAGAGAAAAUUAGUUAAAUGAAUGAAAAUUAAAACAACGAAAAAUAACAGAACUUUUUAAUGUUUAGUUUUUUAAGUUAAACAUAUGUUUUGAAAAUUUAUCGAACUCUAGAGUGGCAACGAAUAAAAAGCAGUUGACUGUAAAAUUGAAAAAGAGUUGGGAAAAGUGAAAGGAGCGUGUAUAUAGAGCGUGGGCAUGAUGGAGCCCCACUGGAAGCGGCUGAUUUUCGCCGCUGCAAUAGCUGGAGCAUUAAUGAGCGCAGAUGCGCAAUUUUGGAAAAAUACCGAUACUGGUGCGAUCUACAACCCACCCAAUCAUUACAGAGAUGAAUCAACACCUCCGCGUUCCCCAAUUGAUGAUAGUUAUGCGAUUAUCGAUACUGUAACCUCAAAUCGUCAAGGACCGCCAAGAAAUUGUACAUCCGGCACAGUUGGAUGCAUUCCAAAAUGUUUCGCGGAAAAGGGUAACCGUGGUUUUCCCGGUGAAGCUGGACCCCCCGGACCGACGGGCUUGCCUGGUUAUCCAGGUCCUGAAGGUCCACCCGGCGAUAAGGGCCAAAAAGGCGAUCCAGGUCCGCUAGGUCCUCGCGGUUAUAAGGGCGAACGAGGUGUUCCCGGCAUUCCUGGAAUGCCUGGAGUACCUGGCGUACAAGGUCUACGUGGUCCACAAGGUUUACCGGGUCUCAAUGGUAUGAAGGGCGAUCGCGGUUUCCCAGGUUUAGAUGGAGCACCUGGACCAGUUGGAGCGCCUGGUGAAAAGGGAUCAACUGGACCUAAAGGUCGCGAUGGACGAGACGGCGUACCUGGAUUAUCUGGCCAAAAGGGUGAACCUGGUCUAGUACCCCCACCAGGACCUAAAGGUGAACCUGGACACCCAGGUCGCGACGGCGAGAAAGGAGAUCGUGGUCCACCAGGCCCCCGUGGUUUGAUUGGUUUACAAGGUGAACGUGGCGAGAAAGGUGACAUGGGUUUGACUGGUCUCAUUGGUCAAAUAGGACGGCCCGGACCUAAAGGUGAACAAGGUUUCCCAGGCCCACAAGGCCGUGACGGUUCGCCGGGUCUGCCCGGCCCACAAGGAGACACUGGUGCCGCUUGCACAGCAGCACAAGAUUAUCUGACUGGCAUAUUGCUGGUUAAGCACAGUCAAUCUGAAGAAAUACCACGUUGCCCGCUAGGUCAAAUCGAAUUAUGGACAGGUUUCUCAAUGUUAUACGUGGACGGUAACGAUUAUGCGCACAACCAAGAUCUCGGAACGGCCGGCUCUUGCGUGCGUCGCUUCUCAACACUGCCAGUGAUGUCAUGUGGCCAGAACAACGUUUGCAACUACGCCUCGAGAAACGAUAAGACCUUCUGGCUUUCAACAUCCGCUCCCAUUCCAAUGAUGCCUAUCAACAACCAGGAAAUUAGCAAAUAUAUAUCGCGCUGUGUGGUGUGCGAGGCACCAGCGAAUGUCAUCGCUGUACACAGCCAGUCGCUAACCAUUCCCGACUGCCCCUAUGGAUGGGAGAGCCUAUGGAUAGGCUACAGCUUCGUUAUGCAUACUGCCGUUGGUAAUGGCGGUGGUGGCCAAGCGCUAGCAUCGCCCGGUUCUUGCUUGGAAGAUUUCCGCGCCACACCAUUCAUCGAAUGCAAUGGCGGCAAGGGUCACUGCCACUUCUACGAAACAAUGACCAGCUUCUGGUUGGUCACAGUCGAGAACCAUGAACAGUUCCAACGUCCAGCAAUGCAAACGCUCAAGGCUGGAAAUCUGCUACAAAGAGUAUCGAGGUGUACAGUGUGUAUAAAAAAUUCGACAUAAGUAAGCUGCAGUCUUAUAUAAACAUUUUUUCCCCACCCCCCCAUUCUCCAAAUUUGUAUGCCAUUUUAAGCCUAAAGAUAAUUUUAUUGAAUAACUUUAUUAAACUUUACAUUCGAGAAAGCCUGAAACCCUGAAAAAUUGUUACAGGUAACAAUUUGCUAUGAUUUCCUUAUAAUUGCCUUAGAAUGAACUUUACGCUCACAUUGUAGUUUCUAAUGAUUAUAUUAUAUACAUAUAUAUGUAAUCGAAAAGUACUUGCCCAAGUGUUAAUGUUAAUGUUUACGAAUACUUAUAUAAACCAAAAUGAAACAAAAAUUCUGCCAUUAUACUAUGAAGUUGCAACUGCAAAUGUCUAAAGCUUCUUGUUUUUUAAUUGUAAUAUUAGCAUGUAAAUUAUAAGCGAAACAAAAACUAAAUAAUAAAACAUAACUAAAUAAAUAUGUAAAUGUGUAGUAGCCAUCUAAUUAACUGUAUAUUUGUAUGAAGAGAAAAAUAAUAAAACGAAACACAAAUACCGAAUAUU